AUGAACAACGAAUAUUCAAAUGAUAUGGAGUUAGAACCUGAGAAUGUGUUAGAGCCUGAUGAUGCAUUAGAGCUUGAGAAUGUGUUAGAGCCUGAUGAUGCAUUAGAGCUUGAGAAUCCUGAUGACAUUGAUUUGGAUGAGUUGGAAUCUAAUGAUACGGAUGGUAAUGAAGCCAAUGAAGAUUCACUUCAGUCCUCUGCAUUAUUACAAACUGGCAAUCAAAUUUUAGCUAAAAAACGAAAAAAAAUGAAAGGCCGGGUGGCAUUUAAAAGAAUAAUCGAAGAGCUUGAUACUCAAGCCACUGUACUUAGUAAAGAUCAUCUAAAAGAUAUUCUUAUAAAUUCUGAAGAUAAGAUGUUACGAAACUUUCGUGAAUGCGCACUUGAUAGUGCUGAAAUCAGUUAUAUUUCAUUUACCACUGAUAUGUGGACGUCAAGCAAUGGCGAUCCAUAUAUUGGACUUACUUUUCACUGGAUUAAUGAUAGUUUUGAAGUAAAAGAAAUAAUUGGUAAUAUAUCAUAUCUCCCAUAUCCCUAUACCUCUGAAUGUUUUUUAAAUAAGAUCAUUGAAAUUUUAGAUAGUUUUAAACUUAAGCAUAUAACUGUUAGCGUCGAAGUUAAUGACAAUAGUUUACUAAGAAGCUAUGAAGAAAAAGAGCUAUCGUCAAAUGAAUGGGAAAAAGUAGCCGAGUUGGUUAAAUUACUGUAUCCUUAUGAGGAUAUGCAAAUAUUUACAGAGAAUAAAAAAAAUCAGACUAUUUCAGAAGUGCGCAUUGAAUACCUUAAAUUAGCUGCUAAUUAUUAUGAGUUGGAUAAAUUAUCUGAUACAGCAUCUAAUGAUAUAAUGAAUGAAGAUAUUUUUUCUAAUCCAGUCGAUAAUCCAGAUGAUCCAGAAUAUUCUCCAACUGAUAAUGACCAUGAUGAUGAUUAUUCAACAACCUCUGAUUUACUAAACAACGAUCUUGAUUCUUCAACUGACCGACCAAAUAAUGAAAGUUCAGAAUUAAAAGUAAAAGUCAUUAUUAAGGUCAAUAAUUCUACACCGUUGGCAGGAAAAUGGUUUAUGUUUUAUUCAGAUACAUUUGAUGCAUUUCAUUAUGAUCUUACUAAAUAUACUUGUGAGUAUCUUAAAAAUAAGAAAAUCGAUAACUAUGAUCUUGAAAUUUCAUACAAGAUAAAUGGGCGUGGCCAGCUAAUAGCAUUAGACGAUAAACAUGAUUUCGAUUCAUUCAUUACUGAGA